UGUUUUGUGUAAUUUAUGCAUAAUUUAUAUCUGUGUUUGAGCUUACGUGCCUGCGAUGCUGCUGCAAGCAAGAUUUUCAUUGUACUUGCACCUCACCGUACUUGUGCGUGUGACAAUUUGAGGAGUAAAAUCUUCAGGGGAAAUCUGUCUCCCCGGCCUGAUUUUAGCGAGUUGAGCGAAGCAGACAACACAUGUACAGACACACCGCAGCUCCCAUCUUGCAGGAGGCUGGGUGGGUGGGUGGAGGGAACGUCACGUGACAAGAGCAGCGCCGGCUUCGGCGAUUGUGACGCACUUCCCGGUCUGGCGGCGGCUGCUCUUUUGAAUUUAAAGCGUCCGGUAGCGGAGCGUGUGAUAAGCAGCGCGAGCGGCGGCCGGUACGAGCUGCCAAUCACUAGCGGCGGGUGUAGCAGCUGCAACCCGGGAAUGGCCUUGACUGUGGCGGCGCUUCGGACCUUGCUGCGGGCCGCUGCCAGUGCACCGACUGCCCGCUUCUCACCCCCAUCCUCCCUGCUGCAGCCGCACUCGUUAUCCGGGCCCGGCUUUCUGUGUCACUGCAAACUGAUGAGCAGGAAUGUAUCAUCAAGAAGGAAAGCAGAUCAUCUGGAAAGAACAAUCAACAACUUCCGUCAAGAGAUGAUUGCUCAAGCAAAAGUAUGCGGGAUAGUUCAUGAAUCUGAGACCGUUAAGAGACUACGCCUUGCUGUGAUGAACAAAGAUUUCACCUUCAAAGCAGGACAAUGGGUAGACUUCUUUAUUCCUGGCAUAUCUAAAGUUGGUGGAUUUUCCAUCUGUUCAAGUCCGGGGCAAUUGGAGAGAGAAGGUGUGAUGGAGCUGGCAGUAAAAUACAGCAAGCAUCCUCCUGCCCACUGGAUUCAUUCACAGUGUGAGAUUGGUUCGGAGGUAACUCUUCGUGUAGGAGGUGAUUUCUUCUUUGACCCUCGUCCUUCAGAUUCUCCGGUGGAUCUAUUAUUGGUUGCAGGUGGUGUGGGCAUAAAUCCCUUGUAUUCUAUACUCUUGCACGCUGCUGAUCUCCACAGAUUACAAGGAACGGAGCAUUGUAAAUACAAGCCAGGAUCGGUACAGCUCUACUUCAGUGCUAAGAACAUGGAAGAGCUGCUUUUCAAGAGAAAUAUCAUAAACCUAGCAAAGGAGUUUUCUGGAAAGAUCAGUUGUCAUUUUCAUGUGACACAGCAAAGCUCUGAAGUACCUGAAGAAAUCUUGCCUUACAUAACUGUUGGAAGAAUAUCUGAAGAUACAUUGGCACAUGUGUCAAAGGAUAACCUCUGUUACAUUUGUGGACCACCUCCAAUGAUAGAGUCUGUUUCUCAACAGCUGGAAAAACUUGGUGUUCCUAAAGAAAGCAUAUUUUUUGAGAAGUGGUGGUAGUGAGAAUCUGAAAAGGCAAUUGAUCUUAUUCUGGUAAUAUGGCAGCAUAUUAUUUUGUAUUGCACAUUAUUGCAAAGUGGCCUGUAUUUGAAUUUUAUUCCCAGUUAAAAGUAAUGCAUGAUGCAGAACUUGGAGUUUGAGAUUGAUAUCAUUGGGUAUUAUGUUAUUCCAAUGAAGAAUGUAUUCAAAUUAUAUUGUAUGUCAUAAAUUAUGUUAUAUUGCUUCUCUGAAAAACCUAAAAUACUCAGUAAAAGUUUAGUUUUUGGACUUUUCUGAACGAACUACGAAAAAUCUAAUUUAUUUCUACAUUUCUUUGGUAGACAUUUGAAACUUAAGCUGCCACCAUUAUCAUCAUAUCAAUGCAAUUUUUCUUUGGGACCUGUCUCUAAUACCACAGUCGAGAAACUGGAUCUCAGUCCAACUCCUGCUGCACAUUGCAUGAUGUCAGCUUGCACAUCAUGAAUAA